UCAAAUCGAGUUAGGGAAGAGAAAAAAAAGCAAUUUUUCUUGUGUGUGUGUGUGUGUGAGACGGUGUGUGUGCUCAACUCUUUCAAUGUUGAAUGAAGAGAGUAUGAAGUUUGGGCAAAGUUUGCCCAAGUUGGUGGGUAGUGUCUUGUUCCUGGAACGAACAUGUCGAACCUCAUCUCACCCCGUUUAAAAAUAAUUCAAAUAAGAUUAACACACUAGAAGAGAAGCUCUCCCAAGAGAAUGACGUCCCCACGUCUGUCGUAUCAGACGUCGGUGGACCGAACUUGUCCCUACGGGUUCUCGCCUCAAAUCGGAUGGGAUUCACAUUGCCGAAACUGCCUUCGCUCAACCACGGAUCAUUCGUCUUCGGGCAGAGUGGUCCAAAUCUAUGACAGUCUCAAACGACCUUCCUCGUCCCGUCUGUCUUCGCCGCCAAUCUCCAAUGUGACUUGUCGUGAUUACUACGGGCCACCCGGAUCUUCACACUACACCCGACCCUCAGGGACUUCCCGUUACUUGGGACGAUACGAUACUGGAGCCCGGUCCUCGUGGACCACCUCUUCCACCACGUCACCCAAUGCCUCGAGAGAAAGUAGCUUGGCCCCGGCUGUCAAUGGCGUGGCCUCCCGGUGCAAAGCUGGGGAUCGAGACUCGUCAUUACGAUCCGUCUCGCCUUCUUAUCGAGCGAAUCCUUUGGCUUCUUCAUCGUCUUCAUCCAUAAAUGGAAGGCCGAGUGUGUCCAGUGCAGUGCUUGAUUAUUCAUAUCGUCGAAACCGAGAUAUCGCUGACAUGAAGAGGGACUACUCGACCCCCUACGGCCAAUCGAGCAUCACCACCAGCUCCAAAUAUGUGGCCACAUCCUCGAUUAGGCCCACAUCUCCGAACUUUGUCGGGAGCUACUCCUCGAGAUCCACACCUGUGAGUCCAAGAGCAUCUCGGACCGUUUCUCCAACGAGAGCAACGCCCUCAUCCAGUACGGACUAUUAUUCAUGCCGUCCAACAUCAUCCUAUUUAUACACCAAAUCCUACGAUGGAUACGGCAAUCCGUCCAGUAGUUCCGAUAUCUACUACUCUCUGCCCAGGCCAACCAAGCGGCGGACCACUUACACGAGCUCUAGCUAUGGAUCCCCGUCCUACACCCCUUUAUCGUCCACCACGCCCACCAGGAACUUUCAAUACAGCAGUCCAGUUGCCUCUAGGGAGUUGUCCCCCGUUUCCAACAUAUCACCCACGCCCUCUGUGUCAGCGGGUAUCAUUUCCGGAUACAGACGACUCACGGGCAAAACUUCCCCAGCAUCCAAAGAAUCAACUGAUUAUGAGGUUGGAAACUCGGAACAUCUCAGUAGGAAUGCGUGGAGCAGAUUGGGAACGGAAUCUCCAGCUUCAACUAGUCCAAUGCCGACGGGAGCCAGCAGUGCUGCCGAUUCCGAGGACGCAUCAAAGUCAUUGAGAGGCUCGUAUUACUUAUCCCGUAGUUCGGCCAGAUAUGGCGCUCAAUCCGAUGUGAGAAAAGAUGAGACCGUGAAGAAAGCUCUCCGUCCCUUGUCAAUCGGGAACCCGGAUCAUGAUCAUGAAAAUGCUGCAGAAACCAUAGUCAAUCCAAUGAGCGAGAUCACCUCGGUCAAAUUGGAUGGCACGAUGAGUGUCCCAAACAAGGGUCUGAUCCCAUUGAAUCACUUUGCUACCCCGGAAUACUUAUCAGGUCAGCAAGAUUCCCCAGUUCCGGAGGAUCAAGGUGCUUUCCUCUUGAAAGCGGACGAGGUGAAAUCCGAACCUCAGGUUGAACCCAAGGUUGAUUCAUCACCAGAGGAGAAUGAGCUCAUCCCCUUCCAAGGCAUCCAGGAGCGGCUGAAGGCCCGACGAUCCAGUCAGAUCGCCGAUGAGGUUAACGAUAUCCCAGAGGAGCCGAUAAAGAUCCGAGCUCCCAAGUUGCUUUCCCCCACCAUGUCAGCAGAUUCCGGGGUCCACUCUGAGGCGAUGUCGCCACCGAUCUCUCGAAAAACGAGUCAAAAUGGCCAUGAGACCGGGAACAUAACGCCCACCGAGGCCUGUGAUAAACUCUUUGCCUCGCAAGCCAAGAUCGAGGAACUUCAAGGCAGUCUGCCCAGGUCGUACAAGAACAAAAGGCCGAAGCGACCGAAGGCCGUGGAGCUCCAAAAUGCCUCUGCCGACGAACUUGAAGCCAUGCUCAAAGGCCUCAAAGGGAAAUCGCCUCUCGAACGCAUUCACGACUUUUCACAUUCCAAUUCCGACCUUUCCUGCUUGUCCUUGGCUAAUUCGUUGGCCGAGAGUCAGAAGGAGAUCUAUUUGAGUCGCCAGAAGAAGCAAGAGGCCAAGGAGUUGUUCUUUUUUCCCAAAUCGCGUCCAUUCAAAUCCGACCCCGUUAUCACCAGAGAAACCAAUGAGUUGCUGCAACGGCAAGAUGUGAUCCUUGAAGGUCUGAAAUUGGAGACCGAGGAAUUGCAAGCUCAAAUUCGCCAAUUGGAAGAUCAGCUCGAUGACACUCAAAGCCAAGUGAUCGACGACCUUCAAUGCCAAAUCCGAGACUUGGCACAACGCCUAGCCAACACCCAGACCAACUGUCAACACCUCGAGGGCACCAAUGCCAACCUGAAAUCCGAGAUCCAAAACCUGGAGAACGAGCUCUUAGAGGCCCAGGAUCAUUUCAACGAAAAGGAUUAUAAGGAGUGGAAGAGAUUGAGGAAAGACCUGGGGGCCAUGGCCAAAUCCUGUCGGAAUUUCCAACUCAAGCUUCGGCGGUCCCAAAUGAAGAGUAAUGAAUUGCGAGUCGUCAACAAAGAAUUGAGUUCCAAUGUGGCCCACCAAGAGCAGACCAUCCAUUUGUUCCGAACAGGAAUCUUGUGGGGUUCCGUUUUGCUUCUAGGUUAUCAUGUCUGGAAUAGAUGGCGAUGAGAAAUGUACUACCUAUUCCUGUGCCCCAACAUUGCUCACAUAGAAAAAUAAAUAGAAUUCUAGAUUU